AUGUUCGUAUUCGCGUUGAUCCUAUUUUUCCUACUAACAAGUAUUGCGCAAAUCUAUUGUCAACUGAUGUUUUCCAGUUUGACAAUGCAAAAUAAAGAUAGCUCUUCGUCAGCAUCAUCUGCAUCCAAUCAACAAAAUUCUCACUCGAUGUUGAACUAUUAUCAUCAUCCGUAUUAUCAUUUAGCAUUCAAUGAAUCUGAUCUAAUACCGGAUGAGCAACGUCUACUAGCACAAUUGUUAAGAAACUAUGAUCCAUCUGCACGACCUGUAUAUAAUGCAUCGGACACUGUUAGUGUGGCGUUUGGUAUUGCACUAACUCAACUUAGUGAUAUGGUAUGUGAACAGAAGUUUGAUGAUUGA